UCUUCUUCUUCUUCUUCUUCUUGAAACGUAAAAGAAGCCAUGAUGUCUUCUUAAGUUUCAGGGGUACUGACGUUCACAAUAACUUCCUCAGUCAUCUCUAUACAGCUCUAUACCAGAAUGGUAUAUCCACUUACAUCGACAGCAAGGAAAUGAGGAAAGGAGAUCAAAUACGGUCAGCACUUAUGAAGGCGAUUGAGGAAUCGCAAUUUGCAAUCAUCAUUUUCUCCAAGGACUACGCUUCCUCGUCAUGGUGUUUGGAAGAGGUAGCGAAAAUCAUGGAGUGCAAGACACAGAAGGACCUGAUUGUGUUGCCAGUGUUUUACAAAGUGAAACCAAGAGAAGUGAGAUGGGGUAAAGGGAGUUAUGGGAAAGAUAUGGCUAAACAUGAGUCUAAUUUCGGGAAAGAUUCGCACAAAGUGAAGAGAUGGAAGAAGGCUCUUUUUUAUGCCAGUGAAUUGUCUGGGUGGACCUUGAAUGACGAAGUUGAAGCGGAGCUUAUAAAGGAAAUUGUGAGCAAGAUCUCUAUGCAGAUUGACCAAAGACCCGUACAUGUUGCUGAGCAUCUGAUUGGGAUACAUCCUCGACUGAUAGAGCUGAAUUCAAUGUUAAAACUUGAGUCUGAUGAGGAUGUUUGCAUGAUAGGAUUAUGUGGACCGGGAGGCAUAGGGAAGACAACUUUAGGUUUAGCCUUGUACAAUAAUAUUUCUAGGCAAUUUGACGGUUCAUGUUUUUUGGCAGAUGUUUGCAAAGCUUUGGAAGGUCCCAAGGAUUUAGCUGCUUUGCAAAAACAAUUGUUGUCUGACAUAUUACUAGGACAAAGGUUAGUGGUGUCUAAUGUUCAUAAAGGUAUUAGUUUAAUGCAAAAUAACCUUUACCGCAAGAAAGUUCUCCUUGUUCUCGACAAUGUCAGCGAUGAAGUCGGGUAG